AUGUGGGGAUCACCAGACAAAGCUACGAUGAAGGCAAUGAUGAGGGAGAUGGACUACAUCACUCUCGUCGCUGAUGGUCAACGUGGGAUCCCAAAGGAAUGUCCAUGUGGUGCACGCAUCGUUCACGAGAUUUCGAAAAUCGAAGGAGACUUGGGAAACAGAUACUUUACAUGCUCGGCAUAUAAGAAUGACCGCUUCCACUGGCGCAUCCCUUGGUUUCACGGAGUUGAGGAAGAGUUCGACAAGUUAAGGGAAGAGAUAGAGGAGCAGAAGGAUAAACAGAGUCAAAAACUGUCGGAUCUUGAAGCACAAGUGAAGCGAAUGAGUGAGGAGCUGAAAAAACACCGUGGAAUGCUUGAAAAACUGAAGGACUUAGUUGACCAUGUGGUGAAGACCAUCUUUGACGGAUGGUAG